UUGAAAGAAGAGCAGAGAGAACACGACGGUGUGGAUCCAGAUCUCCUCUUUCAUCUUCGAGGCCUCCUCCUCUUGAGAAGUUAAGCUCUCUCUCUCCCCAUCUGUGAUGCCAUGGAGAUUCGUCGGUUCUUAGCAUUUAGUCUCUGGAUCUCUACGCUGUUUCUGCUCUUCAUCUGCGGAGAUUGUUUCUAUCUUCCCGGUGUCGCUCCGGAGGAUUUCGAGAAGGGGGAUCUACUGCAGGUGAAAGUUAACAAACUGUCCUCUACAAAGACUCAGCUUCCUUAUUCCUAUUAUUCUCUGCCCUAUUGCCGUCCAAAGAAAAUAAUUGACAAUGCAGAGAAUCUUGGAGAAGUUCUUCGUGGUGAUCGUAUUGAGAACUCUCCUUAUAUGUUUAAAAUGAGGGAACCACAGAUGUGUAAUGUGGUCUGCCGGUUAACUCUUGAUGAAAAUUCUGCAAAGGCCUUUAAGGAAAAGAUAGAUGAUGAAUACCGGGUCUACAUGAUUUUGGAUAAUCUUCCUCUGGUUGUUCCGAUGCGAAGGCAAGAUCAGGAAUCUCCUACGGUAUAUCAACAUGGCUUUCAUGUUGGACUGAAAGGGGCAUAUGCUGGGGUCAAGGGCGAAAAGCAUUUUAUUCACAACCAUUUACAAUUUACUGUGAAGUAUCACAAAGAUUUACAGACUGACUCUGCAAGGAUUGUGGGGUUUGAGGUCAAACCAUUCAGUGUUAAACAUGAAUAUGAAGGUGAAUGGAAUGAGAAGACUCGGUUAACAACCUGUGACCCACAUGCAAGAAAAACGGUUACCAACUCCGAUUCUCCUCAAGAGGUUGAAAAUAAAAAGGAAAUUAUAUUCACAUACGAUGUUGAGUUUGAGCCAAGUGAUGUGAAGUGGGCAUCUCGAUGGGAUACCUAUCUCCUUAUGACUGACGACCAAAUCCACUGGUUCUCAAUAGUCAAUUCUUUGAUGAUUGUUCUCUUCCUCUCGGGCAUGGUUGCUAUGAUCAUGCUGAGGACACUGUACCGUGACAUCUCCAACUACAACCAACUGGAGACCCAAGAAGAAGCCCAAGAAGAGACAGGAUGGAAGCUGGUCCAUGGAGAUGUCUUCCGGCCCCCAUCAAACUCUGAUCUACUGUGUGUCUAUGUGGGGACAGGUUUCCAGUUCUUCGGGAUGAUUCUAGUCACCAUGAUCUUUGCACUUCUUGGAUUCCUCUCCCCUUCAAACCGGGGUGGGUUGAUGACAGCCAUGCUCCUGCUCUGGGCCUUCAUGGGCCUGUUUGCUGGUUACUUCUCAGCCCGUACAUACAAGAUGUUUAAGGGAACAGAGUGGAAGAAAAUUGCUCUCAGAACUGCAUUCAUGUUCCCUGGAGUUGUUUUUGUUAUUUUCUUCAUUUUGAAUGCUCUUAUUUGGGGGCAGAAGUCGUCAGGAGCACUUCCUUUUGGAACCAUGUUUGCUCUUGUUUUCCUUUGGUUUGGAAUAUCAGUCCCUCUUGUAUUUGUGGGUGGCUACGUUGGGUUCAGGAAGCCUGCAAUUGAAGACCCCGUGAAGACAAACAAGAUUCCAAGGCAGAUUCCAGAGCAGGCCUGGUACAUGAACCCAGUCUUCUCAAUCUUGAUUGGAGGCAUACUUCCAUUUGGAGCCGUCUUCAUUGAGCUUUUCUUCAUUCUGACAUCCAUCUGGUUACACCAAUUCUAUUAUAUCUUUGGCUUCCUCUUCAUAGUCUUUGUGAUCCUUGUCAUCACAUGUGCCGAGAUCACAGUUGUUCUAUGUUACUUCCAGCUGUGCAGCGAGGAUUACUUGUGGUGGUGGAGAUCGUACCUGACCUCAGGGUCCUCGGCACUCUACCUCUUCCUUUAUGCAACCUUCUACUUCUUCACAAAACUUGAGAUCACGAAACCGGUGUCUGGGGUGCUGUAUUUUGGUUACAUGCUGAUUGGCUCAUAUGCAUUUUUUGUGCUGACUGGUACUAUUGGUUUCUAUGCUUGCUUUUGGUUCACAAGGCUCAUCUACUCAUCAGUAAAGAUAGAUUGAGUAAUAUAAUCAGCUGGGUGGCUGUUUGGUUCAUCUGUUGGAGGAAGCAAAAACUGUCAUGCUGGAUUGGAUAUGGAUGGCAGCUUAUUCCUCUUAAAAAUGGGAGUUAGUGCUUAGGUUCAGUUUUGCAUAUUGAAGGGCUAUUGAUUCUGUUUGAAUAGAAAUUGUUCAAUUUCUUAAUACACCGUAGGUUCUCCGAAUUUUCCCCUUUUUUUACCUAUCUGUUUACACAAGUUCGUAUGAUUAAUUUUUGUUUCUUGUAUCUAAGCAAGACUUGUGAUAGGAUGGUCAAGGCAUGCUGCCAUUAUCAACAACUGCAUAUGUUAGAAAUGAAAGGAUUCAUGUAUUA